AUGGUUUGUGAUGUAAUGAAUCCAAUAGUGGGUUUUCUAGUAAACAAGGCAACAGGAAGGGUACUAGACACCAAUGAAGAAAAAAAUAUUUAUACUCUUAAAUAUAAUGGUGGCACAUAUCAACGAUGGCAAUUUCAACGACAGGACGAUGGUUCUUGUGUAUUACAAAACUUAGCAACCUCAUUGGUACUUGAUUCCAAUGGCUAUCAGAUGUACACACAUGAUUUAAAUGGUGGCCGCUAUCAAAAAUGGAGAUUAUAUUGGAAUGAAGACAACUUUUUUGUACUCCUAAAUCUAGCAACGUCACGUGUACUUGAUUCUAAUUUUGAGGGUCAAGUUUAUCCAAGCGUUGGUAAUGGCGGUGAUUUUCAAAAAUGGUUUUUUGCACAAGCAUAA